ACAGAGCAGCAGAACAGAGCAGACCGUCAGGCGGAGCGGUGCUGGAGACGGCUCUAAGCUUUCUUUUCUUGCAACCAACCGGCCUUUCGGGCUAUCAAAUAAUUUCUUUCCAACUUCAGCUACAGUGAUAGCUAAGUUUGGAAAGGAGAAAGAGGGAGAAACGCCGUGUCUUUUGUUGUUUUUUAGUCGUUGUCGACAGUAGGAUGCAGUGGUAGCCGGGGGUUGACCUCCUUUACAACAUCACAAAAGAGGAGACAGCGUAAAGCAAAAAAAGCAACAUUCACUCUGUUAUUUUUUUGCCAUUUGGACAGCUUUAAAAUGGAUAACUCUGAACCUAAGAGGACAUGCUGCGAAUCAGUCCGAGACUUCUUCACUUCAGCCAAAUUCCUUAUUUACAUGGGACAUGCUCUGUCAACAUGGGGUGACCGAAUGUGGAACUUUGCUGUGGCUGUGUUCUUGGUGGAGCUGUAUGGGAACAGCCUGCUGCUCACGGCCGUGUACGGCCUGGUGGUGGCCGGCUCCGUGCUGCUGCUGGGGGCCAUCAUUGGGGACUGGGUGGACAAAAAUCCCAGACUCAAAGUGGCCCAGACUUCGCUGCUCGUCCAGAACAGUUGCGUCAUCGUGUGUGGGAUCCUCCUGAUGGUUGUUUUCCAGUUCAAAGAACAGCUUGUGGAGCUUUACAAUGGAUGGAUUCUGACCACCUGCUACAUUCUGGUGAUCACCAUUGCCAACAUUGCCAACCUAGCCAGUACGGCUACAUCUAUCACAAUCCAGAGGGACUGGGUGGUGGUUGUGGCAGGUCAGGACAGCAGCACUUUGGCAGACAUGAAUGCCACAGUGCGGAUUAUCGACCAGCUGACCAACAUCCUGGCUCCCAUGCUGGUGGGCCAGAUAAUGUCCUUUGGCUCCCAUUUCAUUGGCUGUGGCUUCAUCUCUGGCUGGAACCUGUGCUCUAUGUGUCUGGAGUAUGCACUGCUAUGGAAGGUCUACCAGAAGACACCAGCAUUGGCCGUGAAAGCUGGCCAGAAGGAGCAGCAACAUGAGCUCAAACAGCUCAGCCCCCCAAAAGAUUUGGAGGAUGGCCAGAGUCCUGAAGAGUCAUCUCAGCCGCUGAUGAAUGAUACCUCAGUUGUGGCCAAACCAGACUCUCCCAAGCAUCACGGCUGUUGCUACCAGAUGACGGAACCACUGCGUACCUUGAAGGCCGGCUGGGUGGCCUACUACAACCAGAACAUUUUCUUUGCCGGCAUGUCCCUGGCUUUUCUCUACAUGACCGUGCUUGGCUUUGACUGCAUCACCACGGGCUAUGCCUACACUCAGGGCCUCAAUGGCUCAGUGCUCAGUCUGCUGAUGGGGGCCUCGGCUGUUUCGGGCAUCUGUGGUACCGUCGCCUUCACUUGGGUUCGCAAGAAGUGUGGCCUGAUCCGCACAGGCUUCAUUUCAGGCAUGGCCCAGCUGUCCUGCCUCAUGCUGUGUGUUAUCUCGGUCUUUGCUCCUGGUAGCCCCUUCGACCUCAGUGUCUCGCCCUUCCAGGAUCUGUACACCCACCUGAUCGGAGAGAAGACACUGCCCGAGGCUGACCACAGCCUCACCAGCGUUCUUACCGGUGGAAACGCCACUACUGCUGCACCAGCUGAAGAGCUGCCACCGCUGCAGUCCUACAUGUCUGUUAGUCUGCUGUUUGCUGGCGUCAUUGCUGCUAGAGUUGGCCUGUGGUCUUUUGACCUGACAGUGACCCAGCUCAUCCAGGAGAAUGUGAUUGAAUCAGAACGAGGUGUGAUCAACGGCGUCCAGAACUCCAUGAAUUACCUCUUAGACCUACUGCACUUCAUCAUGGUGAUUCUGGCUCCAAACCCAGAGGCCUUCGGCCUGCUGGUCAUCAUCUCCGUGUCCUUCGUGGCCAUGGGUCACAUCAUGUACUUUGGAUUUGCCUUUAGGAGCCUGGGCAGCCGCCUUUUCCUCUGCUGCUCGCCAGAGCAGAAGAUGGAGACGGUGGACAGCCCCUCACUACCUACCACUGUCUAACCCCACGAAAGAGACUCUGUCCUGGGUACAUAUUUCUCAAGCCUUACCCUAACCUUCCAUUUUAUCUUUCUAAUAUCUUUGCUUGUAGCUGGCCUGGUAACCUAACAUGCUAUGCAUACUGUAGCCAUGAAUACAGCAUUAAUCAUAAGUAGAAGGAAAUGGGUAGAAAGCUUACAGUCAUAGGAAUCUAAUUCACAGUUAACACUUGAGAUAUGGCAGGGUUUCUCUAACUGUUUCAGUCUGGGAGUCAGAGGAGAACCUCUCAUCUGUGGGUCCAUGCUCUUUGAAACAAACAUACAUGUACUGUCAAACAAGGAUCCAUCAUCUCUAGGCUUGUGACCCCGACGUGGGUCCUGUUAAAGAAAUCAGGGGAUAAGGCACUGUAAAAUAUUCCCCUCUUAAUAGCCUGGAUGUAGCUGUAAAGAUUUUAAAAGGUGCUUCAGCUAACUAAAAGGCAACAUGAGGGAGAAAUCUUGCAGGGAAGCAGGCACUGAGGCUUGGAUUAAGGGGGACGACUGAGACCACAAAAGAGAGAACGUCUCCCGUUUUCUGACACUUGCCUCUCUUCAUCGGUGCUGUAGCUGUGUCUGCUAGCUGUUCUCUGAUAGCCUAGCUUACAUAUACAUGUAUGAUGAGCAUGUUGUGGAUGUCUUCCUCCACAGGGAGGGAAGAUGCUUUUUAUUUAACCAAACACAACUGGGAUCUAGUCUCUUUAAUACGUAGGUUUAAGGUUUAUGCAGUUAACUGUAUUUAUUCAGGAAAUGCAGAUGGUGGUUCUUGUAUUAACUGUAUCAUCAGUAUUGUGCUGCGCGCUCGCGGUUGUGCCAUAAAUGAGAAAUCCUAUGCACCCUUGUCAAUAGCUCUCUCAGUUACCAAAGUCAAAGUCCACAUGUGGCAUAAAAGGAAGUGAGGGAAACCAGUUAUCUGUCCGAAGCAUUCCAAAUAUAUAUUUUUACAUCAGGUGACAGUAGUUGUGUAGGUUUACUAAUGCCUUCAUACAGUAUAUUUCUAACUCACUCUGAGAUUGUACUUAAAUUUUGUUUUUCUGAUAGUUUACAUUCAUAAUGUCAGCUUUUGAUUUUUAUGUUCUCUUGAGUAAUUUUUUCAAUCAUGAUUGUUGUUACACAGGCACUUUAAGUGAUUGACGUCUGUCAUUACACCCAACGCGUGAUCAGGCAUUUGAUCAAUAUUUUUGCACAAAGUUGACUGACUCGCACAUUAACCCCUGCACAAUCUCAUUUCAAUCACUUAUAGUCUCUCUGUCAGUGUAUUCAGACGCUGUUGGGAUCAGGGGCCGUUGUGGUUAAUAAAGGCACAUAUUGUGACACUCAUGGGGAAAAACUGUACUAGCUCCUUUGAAAGAGUUUACCUCAGUUAUCCCUGUUUCCUCAAAAGUCCGCCAGGAAGCUUAGUCAGCACCCUUUCCCCGAUCUCAGUUUACCACUUCAGAUUGCCAACAGACUCUGGAUCUGGGCUGAGUCAGCUUUAGUUGUAAUUGUUCCAAACUUUAACAGAGGUGGACACAUUUUACUCAAGUCAAAGUUAUGACACUUCUGUUGACAUCUUUGGCUUUGCAGUAUUUGUCUAGAAAAUGUAUUUCAAUAGUAUCUCAUUAAAGUACUUUUCCUGUUAAGUGAUUGUGUAAUUAAGAGUGUUUUUCAAAAACAGUUAGAAAUCACAGAAAUUUGUAAAGUAGCUUUGUUACAAAGUGAGACUACUGUAUGUAACUUUCUAAAUAGUGGCCACCGUAGAUACAAGUGAUAAUUACAGGGUAAUGAUAAACGCUAAAAUAUAGUUUAACAAAGAAGUGUCCUAAUGAUAGCAGUAUCUAUGUAAAGUUUUCUGACAUUAGCCACCAUGACCUACUUGGUCAAACCAGACCAGAUAAGGCUGUAGCAGCAAAACCCUCGAGUGCCAAGGGCAUAGGUUUUGUGUCAACAUCUGAGGGGAACACAUAUGAAACAGGGGUGUUCCUUCCUGCAUCCAUCUAUGGUGUAAAUGUCUACUUUAAGGUUUUUGUUGGGGAGCACAAAUACAUGCUCUAAAUAUUGAGGGCGACUUGUCCCUCGUGUCCCUCCUGAAAUCUACACUUAUGCCGAGUGCACCGAACUGCAUAUGAAUUCAAUGUUUCAUUUGUAAGAGGAAUUAUGUCUUAUUUUAUCUGUCACAGAUCUGCCCAAAUGCAGCAACUAAUGUAGCUCUAAGUAAUUCCUUUCUUCUGACCUUUAGUGAUUUCUGUUGCCUUAUUGUUAAUUAGCCUUGACAGCUGUUAAACGCACAUGUGGCUGCAUUAAGACGGUUACUAGCCGCACCCUACCCAUGAAGAAUCUAGCCAGUCUAACCAGGAUUUUGGUAAUGGGGGAAGGGGAAGGGGAGGGGGGUAUAUUUAGGUUGGAAACAGAGGUAGCCACACCAGAUGUAGGAGAACAGAAGGCCACUUUUUAGCUGCACAUGCUGAGUCAGGACAUCUGCAGGUGUGCCAUGAGGUGCAGGCUGACUGGGAAUGGAGCUUAACUUUCAUGUUCCAGCCGGGUUUAAUGUAACCUCAAACUCAGUCUGGGCACGAGAACAAAACCAGCUCUUACAACGCUUGGUCUGCUGAUUCAGGAAUAUCUCACAAGGCCAUAACUCUGUAUUUUUAAUGUAAAUAACUUUAGCAGUCAGUCAAUAUAAACCUAAAUAUACAAUUAGAAAAUGCUAAAAAAAAAAAAAAAAAUUAUUGUGUAUAUUGCUUUCAUGCUGUUUGUCUGGAAAUGCUGACUUUUUUUUUACAUGUUUUUUUACACCUAGUGUUAACAUUUUGUGUCAAAUUGGGGUUUCUUAAAGAUUUUGAAAUUUGUGUAUAAUGUAAUUAUUGCAUUUCAUUUGAAUACAUUUGUAUCAUACUGCUUUAAUCUGGCAAUAUAUAUAUUUCUUUCUGUAUAUAGUAUAUAUCAGUGUUAUUGUAGUUCAGUAGACAAAUGCAUUCAAUCAUGAAGAAAUCACUUUUAUGUAAUAAUCGCACUCCACUGAAUAUAAGGGCGUUGGUACUGCUUGUAUUGCAUGAGGUCUCCUAAAUAAAGAAAACCUUCACAAUU